UGAUAUAACACAACACGACAUGCAAUCCGGCGAUGAAUCAAACAAAUUCGCUAUGUGAAUGAGUGAUUUCCGCCUGACUUCAAAUCAAUCAUAUGCAGCUUGAACGGCAGCAUGAGUUCAGCGACAAAGCCUUCCUACGAAACAGUCGACUUCAAAGCCUUGGCACAGCAAGACGAAGCCUUCAACACCAUAUGGCAGCAACACUCCGGCAGACUCGAUUUUCAAGACCCAGACACUACCAAAACAUUGACUAAAGCCCUUCUGAAAGUUGACUUCAGCUUGCAGCUCGAAGUCCCAGACGACCGAUUAUGUCCUCCCGUGCCCAAUCGCUGGAACUACGUUUGCUGGAUCCACACUCUCCUAGACUCCACCAACCCAUCUUACUCAAGUCACUAUGACCCGGAACGCCAGGUCAUUGGUCUGGACAUCGGAACUGGCGCGUCUGCAAUCUACACCAUGCUUUGCCUGAAGUCGCGACCAGCAUGGACGAUGUGCGCCACCGACGUGGACAAGAAGAGCUUCGAAUCUGCCGCACGGAACCUAACCAUCAACAAUCUCAUCACGAGGGCAAAGCUGCUGCAGACGAUUGAUAGCCAGCCGUUGAUACCGCUGCAGUAUCUUGGCGUGGACAAACUCGACUUCACGAUAUGCAAUCCGCCAUUCUUCGCAGAUGAGAUGGACAUGCGGCAGAGUCUGAGCGGAGAGGGGAAGUCGGUCAGGCCGAAUGCGGUAUGCACGGGAUCGGAGAACGAGAUGGUAUGUCGGGGCGGGGAUCUCGGCUUCGUGACACGGAUAGUGGAUGAGAGCCUCACGCUCAGGGAGAGGGUCACGUGGUACACGAGCAUGUUUGGCAAGAUGAGCAGCGCGAAGGCGAUCAUAGGGCUCCUGAAAGAGAAGAGCGUCACCAACUGGGCUGUGGGUAGCAUCGACGUCGGCGGGGGGACGAAGCGGUGGAUCGUCGCGUGGAGCUUUGCGGAUUACCGGCCUCCCAAUAGCAUAGCCCGCAUCGAGAAGUUCGCAAACGAGUAUCUCCCGUUCCCAACUGAAUACCGCUUCUCCCUCCCCGCCAACACUGACACCAACGCCGCAAAGCACACGAUCGACCGGCAAGCGCGCCGCCUCCACAUACGCUGGAAUUGGGACUCCCAAAGUGCUACUGGUGUCGGCGAAGCAGCGGAAAAUGUCUGGUCCCGUGCGUAUCGUCGCAAGCAUGAGCGCAGGAUGAGAGAGCUAGCUGCGACUGAUGCCAGAGACGCAGAGAUGCACACCAUUCUUGAAGACAUGGAAGUCGCCUUAGCAUUCCGGAUUGCGGUGGCGGAAAAUACGCGGGAGGUAAUCAUCGAGUGGCUGCGUGGCAGUGAUCAGGUGCUCUGGGAGAGCUUCUGCGGCAUGGUGCACCGCAGUUUCAAGAAGUCCUGACUGGGGCGCGGCGAAGUGGCAGACUCUAUAUCGCGGUGGAAUACCCACGGGACAGAGUCGGCACCUGCGACCGCGUUUUUCGCUGACCGGCGACAGGCUCUACCGUAUGCUUAGCCAAUGAACUAUCCUGCAAUCUCGGCUCGCUCGAUCUUAUACAUUCAAGGCAACGAAACUACACGGCGACCACCCCACUGUCUCACUGCUGACGCCAUCCCUACACACCGCUCUCAACAACCCUCGCUCGUUUCUGCAAUU